AUGUCAUUACUCCUUGAGUCUGAAUCGAGAACCUAAAAGCAAGGAAGGUAAGUUAUUUGGUAAUUAAGAGCCAAACAAUAAAAGGAAUUUUGAAAUAUCGUUAAGGUUUUACAAUGCCCCAUUGUGAUAAUAAUAGUGAAGAUGCAUCAUUUGAACCAAAUAUAUAUUCAAAUAGGAAAAUCGAAUUACAAUAAUAAGUCUAAACCCCUUUUAAAGGAGAUUGUUUGAGUCCAGAUUAAGAUCCUGAUUUAGAUUAGGAAAGUAAAAGUAUGCUUCAAAUUGAAAUGAAGGAAAAAAGUAAUUUAUGGGUUCAUGGAGGAUUAAGAAUCAUGUUUUAUAUAACCAAGUUUAUCAAGUAAAUGAAGACACAUUCUACUGAAGUGAAAUUCAAAUCCUUAACAAAUUAGAUAGUUGAUUUAAUUCAAGAUUAAGCUAGUGAUGCAGAUAAUUUAUUACAUAGACUGAAUAAAGUUGAAUAAGUAAUGCAAAAUUUAAAAUGGGUUUUGAAUUAGUUACCUGUAUUAGAUCCUGAUUCUAAUGUUAAAAUAUUUUGGGAUAUAUUUGUAUUAACUCAAAUAAUCAUUAACAUAUUCUACAUUCCAAUGAAGUUGGGAUUUGGUUUUGAUAGAGAAGAUUUAUUAAGUAAUAUAUUUUUAGAGACUUUACCUUCUUGGACUUUUGUAAUUGAUAUAAUACUAACAUUUUUUACUGCUUUUUAUAGUCAAGGUUAAAUUCAUAGAGAUAAAUAGGAAAUUUUAAAACAUUAUGCAAGUUUAUAAUUAUGGUGGGAUUUAAUGAUUGUAAUACCAUUUAUUUUAUCUUCUUAUUCAGUUCCUUAUACAGAAUAUAUUUUAUUAUUAAGAGUAACUAAAGUAAAAUCAAUGAUUGAAGCAAUUGAAGAAGUAACAAAUCCAUCUGUCAAUGUUUAAACUUUAUUGGAAUUAUUUAAAUCAAUGUUUUUAGUAUUAUUUGUUUCUCAUUUUUGUGCUUGUUUAUGGAAUUUAAUUGGGGAAAACUAAUUAGAUAAUGGAAAAAACUCUUGGUUGAUAGCUAAGAAUAUCACUGAUGCAAGUUGGCUAACUAAAUAUAUACAUGCUUUCUAUUUUAGUACGAUAACUACUUUGACAAUUGGUUAUGGUGAUAUUGUACCUCAAACAGAUUUAGAAAGAUUAUAUGUUAUUUUGAUGGCAAUGGUGAUAUGUGGUUUAUUUGGAUAUACUAUUUCAAGCAUAGGAAAUAUAUUAAGAUAGUUAACUGAAAAAGAACAGCAAUUUAAGUAAUAAAUGAUGCAUAUAAACAAUUUUUUAAAAAAGAAAAAUAUUAAUAAGUAAUUGAUGUUGUAAGUUCGAAAAUAUUUUGAAUAUUAUUUAAGAAUGGAAUAAGAUUAUAAUGAAUUAGGUGAAAAAAUGAUGAUAAAUUUAGACAAAAAAUUGAAGGAAUAGGUUGCAAUAGAUAUGUAUUGUGAUAUGCUUAAGAAAUCAAGAUUGAUCAAAUAAACAUUAUCAUUAAAAAGUGUUUAAAAAUUGUGUUCAUUUGUACAUGAACUAAAAGUAGCACCAGAAGAAAUAAUAGCAGCAUAAAAUGAUUAAGCUAAUAAAUUGAUAUUUAUAUAAAGUGGAUAAUUGAGUUUGAUUUGUAUAUCUUAUCUUUAAUUUAGGUGAUUAAAAAUUAAGAGAAACUAUUGUAGCAACAAUAGAGUAAGGUAAAUUUGUAGGUGAAAAAGAAUUUAUUACAUAAGCACGCUAUGAUUAUUCUAUCCGAUCAACUAAAUUUUGUUAGAUUGCUUUUAUUAAGUUUAUUAUAUUAUUAAAAUAGUUAUGAGGAUUUCCUUAGAAUAGUAAGAGAAGAUGCAUUAGAAGAAGAGAAUUAUUGUAUGCUUAGAGAUUAGAUGUUAUUUACUGAAGAAAAAUAAAAUUAUGGUGAAGUUUGUUGUAUUUGUAAAUGGACCCAUUAAUUUAAGAAGUAUAUUUCUGAAUUCAAUUAGUUGUCCUUUAGUUUUUGUACAUUUUAACUAAGAUAGAAUUAGAAAGAAAUUUAUGAUGUCUGAAGAAAUGUUAAGAACUACACAUGAAAGAGUUUAAAUUAAGAGAUUAUUUUAAAGGAACAUUAUUAAAGAACAUGCUUUAGCUAUCAUUGUGAAUGAUAAUAUAAUUGCUAUUGAUGAUUUAACAGAUUAAUAUCUAGAUAUGUUAGGAUUUAAUAUGGAUGAUGAUCAAAAUGGAAGACUAAUAAAAACAUUGAAAAGUUAAAAGUCAAAUAAAUCAAUGUUAAGAGGAUUUACAGGAUUUGAAUAAUUUAGUAGUGAUUCUUCGGAUAGUGAUAAUUCUAGUUCAUAAUUAAAUAAAAGUAAAACUCCUAAUUCUUCCAAAUACUCUCAUCUAUAAAGCAUGGAAUUAAAGAAAGUCAAAUUUCACCCUUCUCCUGAACCUGAACCUAAAGUUCUUAGGGCUUAAAAUUCAUUUAGAAGAAAAGCUGAUAAUCGACAUAAAACACUCUAAAGAUUAACUUAAAUAUCAAAUAAUAGAUUUACUAAUAUCACUUGUAUCUCAUCAGAUCAAAAUCCAUAAUAAUAAUAACAAUAAUAAUAACAAUAAUAAUAUUAACAAUAAUAAUCACAGGUUUAAAGUGUCUAAAAGCUUAGAAAAAAUAAUUCUAGUUCAUAUUCAAAUAUGGAUCUUGAAAUGCCGAUUAAAUCUCAAUCUAAAUCUGAUUUUACUGGUAGUGUAAUGGCUAAUUAAUUGGAUGAAGUAAUUUCAUUAAAACCUAGUGAAUUUCCCAAUUAACUUUAAAGAGUCGAUUUUGAAUUAGAUAGAUAUUUUAUUACUACCUAUUACUUUACUAAUUACAAUUUAGAUAAAAUAUUAUAAAAACUACAAAAGCCUAGAAGAACAAUAAGAUCUGUUCACAUAUAAAGUAUUAUAAGGAAAUCCAAAAUUAAGCCCAGUCAAUAUACGCCUUGGUCUGAUUGA